GAAAUUGCACCUUUACAAUCAUCCUGUCAUUCGGCCUGUCACCUAUGAAUCUGGCCACUCAGUAAUGCUCUGUGGUGAUGCGCUGUUCGUUGACUAUCCAUAACCUUCGAAUUUUUGACCGUGAUCAACAGUGUUUCAAUACAUUUCAUCACGUAAUUAAACAUACACCAUGAAAUAAUUGCUGCUCUAACAAUACGGUAUUGAUCUCCAAACUGUCAAUAUAAGCGUUGAUCCACCGUGGGCUCGACGCCCAAUUCAAUAGAAGAUCAAUCGACGUACACAACGUAUUUACAUUUCUCAACAACCUGAGAGUGCAACUCACCAAUUGGAUAGUAUAAUAUUUGCGCCCUGAAAAAAAACUAAACUAUAUCAUUGUUAAACCAUAACGGUCCGCACUGGCAAAAAUGCCAGCUGUGAUAGUCGAGCCGCCGCAACGAAGCGAGCAGAUGUGGCAAGCUUUGAAAACUCAUAUUACUAGAGAACGGCAGCGAAAGAAGCAAGAGCAAGAAGCAGAUGCUGAAGAGGAACGUCAGAGAAAAGAAAGAGAGCGUCAACAAGAACAAGACGUGAUGACACUGGGAGAGACUCGAGAGCAGAUCUCAAACUUGGAGAGCCAAUUGUCGCAAUUGAAAGAUGAAAAGCACCAGUUGUUUUUGCAACUGAAAAAAGUAUUGAACGAAGAUGAUAAUAGAAGGCGGCAACUCAUCAAGGAAACUAGUGUCAGCUCGGAAGUUUUGUCAGCGGUUAGCGGCUAUCCUGGGACAGGAGCAAGCGUUGUUCACCCUCAGUUAUUUUUGCCUUUGCCGACACGCAGUCCGCUAUAUAAGGUGGCCGCAGCUACGCCAACGCACUCAAUGCUGCCAAGUGGUCCUUUAAAAAGAACACAUAGUCCAUCUCCGCCUCUUACUGCAUCUCCGUAUCACUCAGGGUAUGGAUACAAGCCUCCGCCAUCGAUGCCUAACUACAAUCCACCACCUGCAAAGUCUGAAGAAGCUGCACGGAGGUCUGGCGAUGUUCGGGCAGUUCUAUGGAAUAAAGGUAAUCAGUAUUCAACGUCGAAUUUUUACUCCACACCCCAAGGCCAGAGCGUUUACAGCUACGCGACUCAAAACUCUCAGCCUUCCAGAGAACCAGAACCUGGAAAAUCUGUUUAUCUCUCCAACAAUCGUGGAACAUUGGCCUCCCAUCAACCUGCCUAUGUUGCGAAUUUACAUCCUCUAGAACACAAGGGUGCGUACUCUGAAGAUAAAUUUUAUCUGCGGCCUGGUAGCCAUGUCACAGUACACGGAGGAGCUAUUCCCAUUCAACAACCUCCGCAGGGUGCUAAAACGGGUGGAAUAACAUCAGGGUAUCCGGUAAGAGCACCUCAGCCUCCGCCUGGCCCAUAUCCUCCCCCUCCACCUGGAACCUAUGUCAGUGCAUCUGGUGCUAACGUCGGUGGUCGUUUGUUGUACACCCAACCGACCCGUUACAUGCAACGUGAAGUUUGAAAAUAAACAUGUUUAAUCACACUGAAAAUUAGUAGGUAAUCUUUAUGUAAUGUGUUCAAUAUAAUAAUAUACACCGAAGGACACUAAUAAAAGUAUACAAUGACCACGUUCUUUAUGAAA